AUGAAGUUCGUUUCCACUCUGGCCCUGGCGGCCCUCGCUCACCUGGCGUGUGCUAUCCCUAUGGCCGAGAAGCGCGCCCCGGCUGCCACUCCCGUUGGCUAUGCCUCGCAGAACGGCGGCGUCACUGGUGGUGCCGGCGGUGCUACCACCACCAUCUCCUCGCUCCCCGAGAUGACGGCUGCCCUCAAGAAGGGUGAUGACUCCGCCCAGGUCGUCUACAUCAAGGGCAAGAUCUCCGGCAAGGAGAAGAUCUACGUCGGCUCCAACAAGUCCAUCCUUGGUGUUGACUCCAGCUCCGGCCUUGAGGGCAUCGGUCUCCUUGUCCGUGACUCGGAGAACGUCAUCAUCCGCAACCUGGCCAUCUCCAAGGUCGAGGCCGACACCGGCGGUGACGCCAUCGCCAUCGACGGCUCCACCAACGUCUGGGUCGACCACUGCGACCUGUCCAGCGACCUGUCCGCCGACAAGGACUUCUACGACGGCCUGCUCGACAUCUCGCACGGCGCCGACUACAUCACCGUCUCCAACGUCUACUUCCACGACCACCACAAGAACUCGCUCGUCGGCCACUCCGACUCCAACUCCAGCGAGGACAAGGGCAAGCUGCACGUCACCUACUACAACAACUACUGGAGCAACGUCGGCUCGCGCUGCCCGCUCGUCCGCUUCGGCACCGUCCACGUCGUCAACAACUACUUCGAGAACGUCUCCGUCUCCGGCAUCAACACCCGCAUGGGCGCCCAGGUCCUCGUCGAGAACAACGUCUUCGACAACGUCGUCCAGGCCCUCGUCUCCGUCGACUCCAAGGAGGAUGGCUACGCCGUCGCCCGUGGCAACGAGUGGGGCACCUCCACCAACGAGGCCCCUGAGGGUACCCUCACCGAGAUGCCCUACACUUACACUGCUGUUGAGGCCAGCGCCGUCAAGGCUGCUGUUGUUGGCAAGGCCGGCAACACCCUCUCUGGCUUGUAA